AUGUGUCGGAUAGUGCCGUUGCCGACGGAUGAGCACUUCUGGAUUCUUCCGGAGCUCCGCAUCGAAGCCAAUCGCAGUUUCCUACUGCGAUACACUCAUCUUCUCACGAGGCACUUCGCGGCUGCCGCAUUCAGUGUCGAUUGUCGCUCGGACAGGGCAUCCGAUGCAGUACGGCUGGUGACCGCGACCAUGCUAGUCGUUUUCACCGAUCGACUUUGCCGAAUCGUCUCGACUGACACUCCAUCCCUCUUCGCGAGACAUUACAGUGGUCGAGUUGAAGGUCCUGUGCUCCCGUUCGUACUGGAUGCAGGAGUUUUCGCUGAAGAAAGUUCUUACUCGUUGCUGCUUUGGCCUGAGUUAUCGACAGCACGUGCAUCGGCUCUGGAGUAUUUCCAGACGCUUCAAACUGCAGUAGUCGAUGAUCACAGAGAGCGACAACAGCUUUUCCAAUUCGACGUAGCUGGUGUGAAAGUCGGCCCGGCCGAGACGCAGCUGAUAGAGCAGCUCGGAUUGAACCUGGGACUCGGCGGAACAUGCCGCGAGUACGUUCCCCAACUGCUAAGCGGGGAGAUGUCGGAUGUUCUUGAUCAUUGUCCGGAGCUAGGUUGGCUUCGCGAUGUCGUGUUUCUGUCGAAGAUCGUCCUGAAUUCGAACGGUGAGAAACUACCAAAUCCGUCGAGGAAGGGCUAUCGCAGUAGCGACGCUCGACUACAGUGGCGCGUCGAAAAGGGGAAGAUCACAGUGGAAGGUUUUGGUAUGAAAAACCUUGACCAGUGCGCUGGCUAUAGCAAGGAUGAUGGUGCUGGUGUGAGCAGGGCAAACAAGAUGAGACAUAUGAUCGAUCAGUGGAAGAAGAAGGGGAAGUGUCGAUCUGUGCCGAGCAUGGCGAAUCCAUCCACACUGUGUGACGGCAAUGAAGAAACUCACUCGGAGGAGGACGUGCUAUACCUCAAGCAUCUCCCUGAUUUUGAUGGUGCCUUGUCACCGUCUCAAAUCGAGCGGAUCCUGGCGAUCUUGACAGCACCGUAUGUCCGAAUCCCACUCUUGCUGGCAUUCUUCUCGGAUCGUGACCGAUGUGGGGCCUUGGCGAAUCCUAGGUUGCAGAUGGUCUUGGACGCGGCCCUGUACGAGCCUGGUCGCUGGACGUCCACUCCGCAAUCGACGAUGGCAUUCAAGAUUCCAGGACCAGUUGAGAAUACGUAUACACGUGAUGGUCUGUUGAUGAACGAACUACUCCACUGCCCUGAGCAAAUAGCAGUAGCGGUGGGAGACCUUGUGGAUGCGGCGGCUGAACGGGAUACGGGCAGGGACACAGCUCCGAGCCAGAGAUGUAUUCUCUAUGCUGCUCGACUUGUCGCACGCGUGUGCAUAUAUGUCGGACAUGUGUCGGAGUUGUAUAGUGGAAAAGUGGAGGGUGAGAAGAUGGACGAGUGCAUGAGCAUCCUGAGGUCGAAGCUCACCGGGAAGAUUUGGAGCAUCGUCUCUCGUUGGUGCGAAUCAAGCAUGCGGAAACGACGAUACGAAGAUGCUAAUUGUGCCCAUGCUCACUUAUUGUUGUUGGCAGCAGCCCGAGGCAGCUUUGAAAUGGAUGACGAAGAGACUAGCGAGGUCUACGAAACAGUAUUGAAAGCUCAAGUGUAUCUGUCGAUGCAUCACAGUUGGAGCGAUUCGGAGAUUCCUUCGGGUGUCUUGGGCGGUAUUUACAACGUGGAGGUCAUGAAUGUCUUCACUCUCUUCCGAAGGCCAAUCUACCUUCGACUCAGAGCCGAUCAGACAUGGGCUAGUGGAGUCCUCGAGGAAGUUGUCGAGAUGGUGUCAAGUAGCAAUAAUCAAAGUGCUUCAAGAAGACUCUGGGAAGAGCAAAGCGGUUUGCUCGGAGUGUUCAUACCCCAGUCGGAUUCCAAUCACGAAGAGAAAGGGGAGGAGCGGCCUUAUGUGGAGUGGCUGCGCGGGGUGACGCAGCCUCCAGCUUUGACAAUAAACGUCAACCUUGGACGAAUCACGUUGAAGCAGCAUCAGCUGAGCACACUGCCUGAAUGGGCGUUGCAAUUCCCCGAUUUUGCAGAAGUCUUUGGUGAAGAAACCACAACUGAGAGCAUCCAAGCUUACGUUGUGAUAUCCAGAGAUGGGCAGUAG